AUGAAGACCAUCAUCCUACUGUUGUUCAGUCUGGGGGUCUGCCACACUCAGACUCCUUCUUCGGAUUUAAGUAUGAGGCAGAAGGUUGUGGCUGGGUCAAUGGAUGAACGAGGGAACCUGACAAAAAGGGUGGAGCUAUGGGACAAGGAAGGUGUUACUUACAAUCCAUUAGAAUUUGAGUUGUUGAAAUUGGAGAUUAGUGAAAUGGAGUCCUUGGUGACGGAACUUAGAUCUUCAUUAACUGGUUCAAAUGGAAAGAUGGAAGCCCUAUACAUGGAGAUACAGAAGAUAACCGCCUUGGUAAAUCAACUGGAGGGCCAUGAUAAGAACAGCAUUCCAAAAUUUCAAAGGGAAAUUGCCUCCUUACAAAAACGUCUGAAUGAAGAUACUUGUAAACAUGGCAGGAUUCUGAAUAUUAGCAAACCAGAAAUUGUCCAGGUCAACUGGAAAGGAAAAUCCUACAAGACAGGUGGAUGGGGAAAGGACACAUUUUUUGGAUCUACUCGAAAACUACAUUGGGUGCUCCCUGAAAGCUCUUUUAGUAGCAUACGAUUUUAUAACAGCUAUAAUGAUCUCAAGCAAUACAAAAACUACAAAGACAGGAAACUUUCUAUGUAUGGUAAAGGAAGUGGGUUAAAUUUGCAUAACAAUGCCUUAUACUAUAACUGCCAUAGUGAACUGUGCAGGUUUGGCUUGGAUACUAACAAAGUAGAUCAAAAGACUAUACCAGAUGCCGUUUUCAACAACACAUUUUCAUAUGCUUCCUCCCAGAACCAAUACUUAGAUAUAGAAGGAGAUGAACUUGGUCUGUGGGUACUUUAUGCAGAAGGUGCAGGUGAUAUGAAUAUUGGGUUGCUAAAUGAAACAUCCCUUGAUCUGAUGAAAACAUGGCCCACCUCUGUAUACAAGCCGAGUGCUACCAAUGCAUUCAUGGUAUGCGGGGUCAUGUAUGUAACAAGGGCCCUGAACACUAGGGAAGAAGACAUUUUCUACAUGUAUGAUACCAACACGGGUGAAGAACAGAACCUAAAUAUCAAGUUUGAGAAGAUGUCUGAGACAGUUCAAAGCCUAUCUUACAAUGCCAAUGACCACAAGCUCUAUAUGUACAAUGAUGGCUUUGAAGUCCUUUAUGAUAUAGAUUUCCAGCCUCUAGCUUGAAUGUUUUGUGUUUAUUUCAGUAAAUGUGUUUUUCAUAAUGGCUUAAAAAUUCAGAUUCUCAAAAUGCUGACAAAUUUAAGCUUCUCUUGUUUUCUUUUA